AUGAAGACGAUCGCACUUCUUCUCUUGGGCCUAACUUUGGCUUUUGCCCAGCCAAUUGAAGAAACUCAAGAAUUCGAGCUCGAGGUUGAAAGCACCUCUUUAAUCCCAAUCGAAGAUGAGUGCGACGACUUCCUGUUUGGUUGCGACGAUGAUGACGAUUUUGACUAUGAUUUUAGUCUUGACAUGGAUAAAAGUAUAAGCCAACAAAUAACUUCGGCUGCAAAUACAUUCGACAAAAUAAAGUUGAAAUGGGGUAAACUGGUUUUGAAAGUAAGAGCCAAAGCGUCAGAAGUAUUUAAUCAAAGCCUGGAGAGCUGGAAUAAAAUGAAGAAGCAAUUGGAUAUUGUAUUCGAUCAUGGAUUAAAAGUGAUUGAAGAAAUCAAGGCUUUAUACGAAGAAGUUAAAAAAAUGGGAGAAAAUAUCAAGGAAUUCAAGGAAAUCUUCAAAACGGUCAAAGAGCUCAUGCAAGAUUUGAGAGAAUUUGGACAGGAAAGCUACGGAGAUCUGAAGGCCCUCGUGGCAGAAACCAAAUUAGCUCUUCAAGAAGCCAAAUCUAAAUACCAACUUAUUCCUAUCGUAGGAUAA